AUGGAAGAUUUUCAUGAACGCAGUCGUUUCGACGACAACCGAAUCGCUUACAAUGGAAACGAAGAAUUUGAACAACCACCAGAGCAACAAUAUGAAGAAUUUGAACAACCAUCAGAGCAACAAUUUGAUUCGGGCCGUGGUUUUGAAACGAACCAUAACGUAGAUAGUGAAGGCAAUGAGUUUAGGGAUUCAUUCAAUCAUCGUGAUUCGGCUGCGGGAAAACUAUUUGUAGGAGGCGUUUCUUGGGAGACGACUGAAGAGGCCUUUACCAAUUACUUCAGCAAGUAUGGAGAAAUAGCAGAUUCUGUUAUAAUGAUUGAUAAACAUUCUGGGAGGCCAAGGGGGUUUGGGUUUGUAACAUUUGCUGAUCCAGGGGUUGUUGAUUCGGUUUUGGAGGAAGAACAUGUCAUAGAUGGCAGAGUGGUGGAGGUGAAGAGGACAGUCCCGAGGGAGGAUAUGGGGUUUAAGGGGAUAUCGAAAAGAAAGAAGAUUUUUGUUGGUGGAAUACCAACGUCUUUGACUGAUGAUGAGUUGGGGGAAUAUUUCUCUACAUAUGGUAGCAUUGUUGAGCACCAGAUUAUGGUAGAUCAUAAAACUGGGAGGUCUAGAGGAUUUGGGUUUGUCACUUUUGAGAAUGAAGAUGCUCUUGACAAGGUAUUUUCUGAGGGCAAGAUACAUGAACUUGGAGGCAAACAGGUGGAAAUAAAAAAGGCUGAACCUAAAAGGGGUGGUGGUGAUUUCAGUGGCAGUGCUCCCAAGUCAUAUGGUGGCUCAGGUGGUGCUGCAGCUGGAUAUGGUGCAUAUAAUUCUGCAAGUCGGUACAAUGGAAAAAUGGGCAGGGGCUAUGGUGGGGGUGGGUAUCCCCCCUAUGGUACUUACAACAACUAUGGUGGAAACUAUGCUGGAAGCUAUGCGGGUUUCUACGGUGGCUAUGGUGGAUAUGGAUAUGGAUUUGGGUAUGGUGGACCCAUGUACGGCAAUGCUGGAUAUGCAGCCAGUGGAUAUGGCAUGCCUGCUGGUUAUGGUGGGAAUACUGCCUAUGGUGGUGGUAGAGGGUAUGGAAAUGGUGCUGUUGGCCGUGGUGGUGGUAGCGGUGGUGGAAGUUAUGGUUCUGGUAGAGGAUAUGAUCGGAAUGGUGGUUCUACGACCGGAAGAUAUCAUCCUUAUCAAAAACCGGUUGAUUUGGAAGAGGAAGCAAAUGACAACUUUGCCAGCAUAAAUGGGUCUCUGAUAGGAGGUUUUCUACGAUCCUUGCACACUCUGGUUGGUCUGUGUUGUGUGCUCUUCUUUGGUUUGGCUAAAAAGGAAGUUGGAAACGCAGAGGGUAGUCGAGUACCGAGUAACUAUGAAUUGCCAACUCGUGUGGGUUUCCUUGGCCUCGGAAUUAUGGGUUCUCCGAUGGCACAGAACCUCAUAAAAUCUGGGUGUGAUGUGACUGUUUGGAAUAGGACCAAGAGCAAAUGUGAUCCACUCAUCAGCUUAGGUGCAAAAUAUAAACUCUCUCCUGAGGAAGUCGCUGCAUCUUGUGAUGUCACAUUUGCCAUGCUUGCUGACCCUGAAAGUGCUGUUGAUGUUGCUUUGGGGAAGCAUGGAGCUGCGAAUGGGAUGAGUUCAGGAAAAGGGUAUGUGGAUGUUUCAACUGUUGAUGGUGCAACUUCAAAAUUGAUUAGUGACAAAUCUCUCUAUGAAAUAGCAGCACCGCUUUUAGAUGUCAUGGGGAAGUCAAGAUUUUACCUUGGGGAUGUCGGAAAUGGUGCUGCUAUGAAACUUGUUGUGAACAUGAUCAUGGGAAGUAUGAUGGCAUCAUUUUCUGAAGGCUUGCUUCUCACUGAGAAAAUAGGACUGGACCCAAAAGUACUAGUUGAGGUCGUCUCGCAAGGAGCCAUUAGUGCACCAAUGUACUCAGUCAAGGGCCCAUCAAUGAUUCAGUCCCUCUAUCCUACUGCAUUUCCCUUGAAGCAUCAACAAAAGGACCUGAGGCUUGCUCUGGGAUUAGCAGAAUCUGUUUCCCAAUCCACGCCAAUCGCCGCGGCUGCAAAUGAACUAUACAAGGUAGCAAAAUCACAUGGGCUCAGCGACGAGGACUUUUCAGCUGUCAUCGAAGCGUUGAAACCAAAGUUGCAGCAAUAG